CGCUGCUGAUGAGCUACCGCGUCCGGUCCGGAUAUUACCACUACCAUUAACCAUUCUCACUCUUCUGCGAGCACUAUUAGUGGUGGUGUAGAAACUCUAUGCUGUCUGUUUGGGUGACUCGGCUGUUAGAGGUGCUGUAUCUAGCAUUCUCUAAUUAUAUGAAAGGUGACUGCCUAGUGAUUUGAGCGAGCGAUCAGCAAUAGCGGCCUGGCACUGAAACCGAUGCACCAAUAAGUAACUGGUAGGUUGACCGGCACACUGGCUGGCUAACCCCGACUACACGGCGGCAGCAGGCUAAGUCGACUCGACGGAGGUUGUAAUGGUGGUCAGUGCGGAGCAUAGAAGAAGCAGUCGAGUGUUGUUUCGUGACGAGGCCAACAUAGUAUGGCGACAACCAGCGUACACUAUGGCGAAGAAUACUAGCACGACGACAAAAGAACAGCCGUACCAACACUGACGAAAAAGCUGAGUGCAAUGGUCAGUGAGCAACUCUAAACUUUACGACUUCUACCGCCACCACAAUUACUCUACGUACGGUCGGAGGGAACAAACAGUGUACGACUUUGCGUUACCAUCAUUACCACUAUGGCCAUCGCUGGUACAACUGAGACCCUACAACUAAAACAGUUGCUUCUACGCAUAUGACCUAUAACUGGUACGGUUUCUAAGCACUUUACUCAGACGGGUGGUUCAGAUCAAUCGAUGAAAAAUUGUGGGCGUAUCGUUGGAAGUAACUACUUAAUGCGCCAUUUGCUCCUAUAAGUUUGUGUAAUUUUCGACACGUUCCGUUUUGAGGUUGAGCAAACAAAAAGAACAGCAAGUGUAUCAUCGAAAAGGAAUAAACGAGCGUGACGUCCUCGUAUAAUUCAUCCAACUGUAUUCGUAUCGUCCGUUGUUUUGUACCAAUACAUCGCUGAAAAUUGUGCGUAUCUCUGUUCACCAUCAGGUCAAAUUGGGUGCUUUUUUGUUUUGGGGGAUCGCUGGUCCUUCCAAUUACCUAGCUAGUUGUUCUCUUUUGAGUGAAGAGUCCAACUGCAUAGAGGCGGCGAGACCGCGAAAGACCGCUUUGGACAUCAACUAGAGGCAUCGACCUCGGUUACUCUCGAUACGAUUGAGUCGUCUUCGGGAGGCGAGAUAAGGCAGAGCGAUUCUGUUAGCGCACCCACCUUAACGCACCAUUUGCUUCAGCAUGACGCGAUCCAUUCCAGAAGAUAAGAUCAAUCUUCGCCUUAUCCUCGUAUCCGGAAAGACGAAGGAUUUCCUAUUCAGUCCUGCAGCAUCCGCGGGCGAUAUCGCCCAGUCGGUAUAUGAAGCCUGGCCAACGGAGUGGGCGGCAGAAAAGGUAGAACGAGCCGAGAUUCUCCGCCUAAUUUACCAGGGUCGUUUUCUUCACGCCGACGUGACGCUCAGUGCGCUUGCACUGCCAACUGGCAAGACCACCGUUAUGCAUCUCCUACCACGCGAAAAUCUGCCUGAGCCAAAUCAGGACGAACGAAUAAAGGAAACGACAAGUUCCUGUUGUUUCUCCUCGUCAUCCUGCGUUAUUCUGUAGAGCUUUCAUGCGAGUCUAGUGGUUGAAAUCGGCACAAGACCGGGCUUGAGAGUCGCUCGCGUUCGCUGUGUUAGUCAUUGCGCUGACAGGACAAAGACAGCCCUUGACAGAUUGGUUGAUAAAAUUUAUUCAAAGCAACAUUCAGUAAAACGGUGGUUGCCAUGGCCCUUUGUGUGUGCUAUUCGGCAAGAGACUGUGAUUAGCGCAUCACGCCGGACAUGCAAAUGGACACAGUUGAAAAUUACCAUAUCUGGGGUAGGAAACGAUGAUGAUGAUGAUUGUUGGUGAUAUUUCGAUAAACGAUAACGAAGAUGGAAGACCUUAAUGUCUAUCAAAAACUUUUGUAGGUCCCGGAAAGCCUUGUUUUAGAGUAAAGUCUGUAUCAAAAUUACCCAAGAAUUGAAUUAAAACAUAGGCCAACGCAUGAACUAAUAGUUGUACCCUAACAGUCAGCUGGCUGGAUGCUACGCAGAAGUGCAGGCGUGAUUGUGUGAAAGGAAGUGCGGAAGAAAAAGCAAAAGAGAUGGAGGGGUUGGACGAACAUGUGAAACGUGCAUACAUAUUAGUUGUGUCGCUAUCUGAAAAUAACAUUCAAACAAUAUUGGUUGAAUUAUGGAACUUGUUACUUUGAAUUAGAAUGCGAAGUUGAUAUGGAACGUUGUUAUAUCGACAAAAGUAAUCAAAUAAAAAAAUACAUCUUUAUUGGAUAUCCGCUGUAACAAACAGGUGGUAUAAACAAAAAAAAAAACCAGCACUUUAUUCAUUACCCGGCACAAAGAAUUGCAAUUUAAUCGUUCCAGAGGUGCCUGCCGCUCUGUCGUGGGCAGUCGCUGACGAAAUCAUAGCUUAUCUGCUUGAAUGGUUCGACCUGCGAACGACGCAGUUUCUAGAAAGUUGAUUUUUAAAAUACGGACAGUAAAUAGCAAGGUAUUGAGACAAAGGUAUAGGUGCAGAAGACGUCAUGUAGAUAAAGAAAAUGCUUCAGUCCCGUCGAGAUUGUCUAUUUGCGUCUCUUGUGGUCCUAAAGAGAUACUUCAUCGAGCGAUUUAAUGGUCAACCCAAACACACAUCGGUAGGUCAGAAAAUGCUACUGUCCUCGUCAAGGUAUAGUCUCAGGCGAGUGGUGCACCUGCAGCUUUCGGACUGAAGGCAUUCGCACCGCUUGUGAGGCCUAAACUGCCGAACUGGACGGAGCAGGUACAAUUAUAGCACGCAAACGAAAUACGAUGACGAUUCUGGGGACGACGGGUGGCGUCAUUGAAAUUUAUAUCGGUACGACGACCAAUAAUAUAGCUACGUAUUUUCUAGGAGAUGUGGUAAAAAGCGGAAUACGAACAGUAAGAUAUGAUUUCUCCUUGCUGCGGAAAUAAACAAAAAAUGAAAUAAAUAAAUGAGAGUACGUAAUAGAAAACAUCUAAGAAAAUAGAGGGAAAUAAAGAAAUGGCUUUUCCAGCAGCAGGAAGAGGAUGUGGGUGGAUUAAUGAAACGUAACCAACUUUAGCAGACCAACAACUGGACUAGAUGAAGAAGCUCAGACAGAUAACGAGCGGAUAUAAAGAAGCAUAUGUAUAAAAACGCUAUAUAGAUACGCUAUUUAUGACGUAUAUAUAUAUAUAUAUAUAUAUAUAUAUAUAUAUAUAUAUAUAUAUAUAUAUAUAUAUAUACAUAUAUAUCUCGAUCGAUUAGGUAACGAUACUUUUAAGCGGAAACAAGACGCAUCACAAUUCAAAAUGAGAACUUGACGCUGAUGAUGACGAUGAUCAUUUAGUUUAUGAUGAUAUGAUAGAAAAAAAAUUAUUCAAAAUGGUGUGAGCUGGCGUUACAAAUAAGACCGGCUUUCUGGUGGAUUGCCCUGACACUUUUCAGGCGCCCAACACCAGACGGGUCCUAUUAAUGUGUCCGCAAAAAUGACGAAGAAAACAGAUGGUUCGCUUAAAAGGAAACCGUUUUCGAAGCGUCGUCCGUACGAUGUGUGACAUAACAUAUUUCGACAACUUGUUGUUGUAUAAUAUAAAUGAUUUUAAUUGAUCAAGAUAACGCCGAUGCUGAUGUUGAUAGAAAUAAAUAAAUUUUAAGUAAAGAAAUAGAUAAAAAUAAAAAAAAUAUAGUAUUGUCACCAUCGUAAUAGUGUGUUCCAUACAUGUUCACUAAAAAACAAAUUUAAAAUAGGUGAGGGACAGAGGAAAUCCCCUUUUUUUUUUUUGGCAACACUGCCGCUCUUUCUGUGUAUAUUGUACUUCCUAACUGAAAAAUAUAAGAUUCAAAGGCAAGAACGACAAGACAAAGGCUGGAGUAACAGGAACACUUAAAUAAAGUAAAUGUUGUCUAUAUCUCAUUAAAAAAUGAAUGUAAUUUUAAUCAUUCCUUAACCAGGCCUUCGUAGAUAGAAUUUCUCAGACACCUCACUAUCAAAGGGAUGUGAAAGUAAUUGGUUGAUGCGUUGCACUGCACUUUUUACUGUAUUUUCCUAACGAAAGAUAUUUUCAAUAUUUCAUAUAUGUAUAAACAAGGGUCUUUAUGAAGUAAUUUAAUGUUGUUGUAAGAACAUUGCAGGCUCUCCAAUCGACACAUAAUAUUGGUAAACUUGAUUAUUUGAGUUUAUUAAUAAGCAAAAUAGUUCUUAAAUUCUUAGCUAAUACAGCUUAGUUUCUUACUUGAACUAACAACUACAAUUAGUAAUCUGUAUUGUUGUCUUGUCAGUAGUUGAAAUUAGCGAAAAAGAGUGAUUUUUUUGACACGAAUGCUAACUUUGAUUGGCACUAUUUUAGAUAACCAUAUAGAUCAAACUCACAUUGUAGUUACUACUUACUUUUCGCAUAUUGGCUUGGAACGGAAGUUCCUUCGCUGUUUCUGUCGUUUAUACCUAUAUGUCGUCUAUACUACCUGCCUAGAGCCUUUCACAACGCCAAGGGAAAAGUAGGUGAUAGCUAAGCCUUUACGAAUGCACCUUUGUAUGCCGCCUUAGAGAACGAUAUGCCUAGUGACG